GCUGGUCUCAAUCUCCUGACUUCAGGUGAUUCACCUGCCUCAGCCUCCCAAAGUGCUGGGAUUACAGGUGUGAGCCACGGCGCCCGGCCAACAAGCAGGUUUUUAAAGGCAAAUUUCUUCUUCAGUCAGGUGUGGCAGGCCCUGAGGGGGCAGCUGGGUGUCCCCACUCAGAUCCAGGCCCGAGUGGGCUGGGCGGCUGCAGAGCCAGUCACCUGAGCUACCCAGGGUGGGAUCCCUGGCCCCGACCUCUGUCCUGACACACCCCAGGCGGCAGCAAUAAAGCCCCAAGCAGCCUGGGCCUGGGCAUGAGGAGCUGGGCCAGGUGCCAGAUACUGGGAUCAGCCACUGCAGCUCCCUGAGCACUCUCUACACAGAGACGCGGACCCCAGACAUGAGGAGGCUCCUCAUGGUCACCAGCCUGGUGGCUGUGCUGCUGUGGGAGGCAGGUGCGGCCCCAGCACCCAAGGUCCCUAUCAAGAUGCAAGUCAAACACCGGCUCUCAGAGCAGGACACAGAGAACAGGGCCUGGGGCGCCCGUGUGGUGGAGCCUCCGGAGAAGGACGCCCAGCUGGUGGUGCUGUUCCCCGUCCAGAAGCCGAAACUCUUGACCACUGAGAAGAAGCCACCAGUUCAGGGCAGGAGUCCCAUCCUUCCAGGCACCAAGGCCUGGGUGAAGACCGAGGACACCCUGGGCCGUGUCCUGAGUCCUGAGCCCGACCAUGACAGCCUGCACCACCCUCCGCCUGAGGACCAGGGCGAGGAGAAGCCCCGGUUGUGGGUGAUGCCAAAUCGCCAGGUGCUGCUGGGACCGGAGGAAGACCAAGACCACAUCUACCACCCCCAGUAG